UCGUCAUCGCAGUACAUAUCACACCCAAUUUCCAGCAGAAAAGUAGAAAAAAAUAGUGUGAAAACUUUCUGAAUUUGAGAUGGAUAAAGUAAUCAGCGUUUUUGAAGUGGGACCAGUGGCACUAAUCUUGGAGAAGGAUCCGAUACUUUCUGAGGAUAUUGAUAGGGUCAUGAAUUUCCUAGAAAUACCCUCUUCUGUACAACACCGCAUGAAGCCUCGCUACACGAUCGGAGACGGUUAUGUCGUGCUAAAUCACAUUUUAGGAAUAUGGAUCAGUAUUAACGGGAACAAUGCCACAUUUCUAAAAUUAACGGAAAUUCUCGAGAAAAACAUGUUCCUGGCUUGUGCAGACGAGUUAAAGCAUGCAUUUGGUUCUCGAAUGGCACCACCGCCUGACCAGCUAGAUAAUUUCAUCCUACCUGUUGCGUUGCCAUCACAAAGGCCGCCGAUCUACUUGUCAUCAAACUCGGGCGCCCAGUCUAAAAAAACUGAGCGGCUGGAACGUCUCCGUAAAUGGAAAUCAUACCAAGUACUCUCCUUCCUCGGGGCGGGUUCUUUCGGAUUUGUGUUCAAAAUCCGCAAACCUCUAACUUCAGAAGAAACAGCGGUUAAAAUCGUGCUGGACGAAUUUCACCAUGUCGACACUGCUAUGGGGUCUGACGAUAUUAAAGCGACAAAUACCGAACUCAAGGUCAUGACGGAGCUCACCAGGCACGAAAACGUGGUCCGGCUAGUAAGUUAUGAUGUCCUCUUGCCACCAGAUGACGCCUCAAUCUCAGGUGUUUUUCAAACUUAUGGUGACGCGGUAAACAUAACAAAUUUAAAAGACGCAAAGUUGGUCGGAUUAUAUAAUUCGUGCAAUAAUCUGUCCAACACGAAAAACACCUUCGUCCUAGAAAUGGAGCUAUGUGGCCCCACACUACGAGAAUGGCUUAGUUUGGAGGAAACCUGGAAAAAAUAUAAGGACCCGAGUUCGAAUCCUGCCUUUCUUGAGGAGCAGAUGAACAUAGCACAAGGAAUUAUUGCUGGAUUAAAACACAUUCAUCAAAAGGACAUGAUACACCGGGACCUUAAACCAGAAAACAUUUACUUUGCUCGUGAUGGAUUUGUGCUUCCAGUAAAAAUCGGGGAUUUUGGGCUCACCCGUCAGAUGUCGGGUAAUGCCAGCGUCACCCAAACUAAGCCGAGAGGAACUGAAAUUUACCGAGCUCCGGAAGUAUAUUCGGGAACUUAUGGUCAGAAAGCUGAUUUGUUUUCUUUGGGUAUCGUCCUAUGGGAAAUUUUUGAGAUCGUGCCAAUGAACUUUGAUGCUCUGAGGUACAGAGUCGAGCAAUUAUCUAUCGAUCAGGACUUCAGUGUUGUUAAAGGAAACGACAAAAUUCCUAAUUUAAAGGAUACAAUUAUUGGGCUUACAUAUCGAAAAUGUAAAGAGAGAACGAAGAGUAUUGACGAUGUGAAAUUGGAUUUUGUAGAUCAAUCAGAUGGGAGCGAGAGUGAUUCUGUGACUAGUUUUUUACGUUAGUAAUCACUUCCAAUCAUAUCAUCGUAGUUUAACUUUGCCCAAAAUUGUAUUCCCGCUUUCGUAUCCCUUCCAUACUAAUAUGUAGUAUGGGAAGGAUACCAAGGCGGGAUGGGUGAAUUAAACUGCAUUAAUAUUGGAAAUUGAUAAAUAGGUAUGAAUAACUCGUCCGUAACAACUGGUUCGAAUAUUUUGUUCAAAUUUUAAACUAAUUAAGUGGUGGAAUAUUUAGAUAUUUGUCUAUUUACAUAAAAGGAUGAAUUGAAAUAAAUAAUAUUAUUAUUAAGAGGAGCAUCGGGGUUUGCUCAGGAAAUUUA